AUGACGUCGAGCAUUGGCAGCUCCCCUCCCACCGUCUGCGUGCUCGGAGCCACUGGUGUCGGCAAGGGCGCCACGCUAAACUCAUGCUUCGGCACAGACAGGUUCGGCACCUCAUUUCGCGCCGCUUCGCACACGAUUCGGCCGCAGCUGCUCGAACUGCCGUGGCGAGGGCGCGGCCCACUGCUGCGCGGCGUCGAUCUGUGCGGUUUUAGCGACUCGGAGGGCCGGGACAGCGACUUUCUGGGGGAGAUGGUGCGGUGCCUCAAGGAGGAGGUGGGGCAGGUUCACUGUUUCCUCCUCCUGCUCAACUCGCAAGAGGCGCGGGACAUGCUGCUCGCGCUGCGCUCCGUCUUUGGCGACGGGCUCCUGCGGCACGUCCUUCUCGGCUUCACGCGCUGGGACUACAGCCGCUUGCUGCGCGAGCGAGGCUAUGCGGCGAGCGAGGAGGCGCUGCGGGCAGGCGUCAACGCUGAGCUGCGCAAGGCGGUGGGUCACGGCCACGACUGCGACGCCGUCUUUCUCGACCACACCCAACCAAUUGCAAAAACGCGGCCUAAAAUUCCUUCCGAAAAUAAAGCCCGAAUACGAGCCAAGGCGACCCGCCGCCGGGCCGUCUUCCAAAACGGGGACCGCGCCCGCUCCUACAACCGGCAGCUCCGCUCGCGGCUGACCCGCGAGUACUGCGCUUUCCUCUCGGCCGCGAACGACGCGUCCUCGCCAAAGCGCGAGCGGUUCGUCGCCGCGCAGCGCGAGUACGAGGCGCUGGUCGGCGCGUUCGUCGCGCAGUGCGAGGGGGGGCCGCUUGCUUGGAGCGCGUUUGGCAUGCUGCAGGAGUCGCUGCGGCUGGAGCAGGCGGCGGCGCUGCAGCAGCUCUUCCGCGACGAGAUCCGCGCCGGAGAGGGCGGCGCGCUUCCGGACCUCUCUCCGCGCGCGACGAGUGCGGCGGCGCUGGUCGCGCUGCUCGAGGAGGGCGCGCGGCGGGGAGGCGCGCGGCUGCCAGCCGCGGCGGUGCCGACGUGGCUCGUGGCGCUGAGCAGGGAGGAGCAGGGUCUUGCGGGGGGUGCCGCGUGA